AUGUCUGGAUCCAUGAGCGUGCAUUCCCUCAUUGACAAGUUUUCGGAGGAUGAACCCUCCAAAGACCAGAGGCAUCCUAGGCAUCCGGGCCAUACCAGAAGCAGGCUGGCGUCUCCCGCCAAGCCUCAAGAGAAACCACGCCCGGACGAAGGGACCUCAAGGCUACCUGCCUCAGCAUCCACUCCCCAUCUCCAGCAAGCUCCCUAUUUGCUGCCCCAAAGACCACUGCAUUUCGAACAACACCCGCCAUACCCGCCCAGGGCCACGCUCGACCUGGUCUUGGGCCCCCAAUUUGCAUCAAUUCCGCUCACAGAAGCCAAUCUAGUAGAGGCGCUACGACUCCGGUCGGAACAGGAGCGUUCACGCCAGGAACAGCUUCGGUUGGAGCUCGCCCUGCGCAACCUCGCCAUCCUCCAGACCGCCAUCCAAAACGAAGUUCCUCCUCAUUUGAUUCCGUCCAUGUGCGUCGGGUCCGUUCCCGAAUCCCGUGGCUAUCCUGAUCACCAGAAACGGCCCUCGGACACCUUCGCAGCUCCAGACCAGAGCCACACCUCUCAGGCGCCUACAGGGCCCGGAAUUGCCCGCCAGGACCACGAUAAUGCCAGCCCCGUGGCGCCACUAAAUUACAGGUUCGGCUCGGGCUCCAGAAGACCGCUUUCGCCAGCGAAAAUCGGCGCGGCAGCGGUGGCUAACUUCACAAAAGACGAUUCUGGCCCACCAGCGGCACUUCUCGAUGCCGGCGGAAACUCCCAAAAGCAUGGAUCGAUCCAGCGAGCGCUCCGGUCCGAGAACAAGACUGCUGACGAAAAGCCACCUCCAGCUGCCCUUGGGGCAACUUCUUCCAUUCAGGUAAAGCCUUCUCCGGCUCAGCCUCUACAUAAACAAGCUCGUAUGCCCCAGCCUCCAUCGCAAGAAUCAAUGACGUCGUUCCAGCACGUUAUACAGUUCCACCAUUGGAAACCAGAAAACCCAGGUCAGCCUGAAAAGAGCCCAGAACGAUCUCAUAAAAGACACAAGUCGGGCGACAUGUCUGUGGAUUUGGGCCACCUCAGGCACAGUUCAAGGCUAAGCACGGAUCUGACGAACUUCAAGCGUGAAGACCCAGACGUUCUGAUGGAUACCAGCGAUGUGACAUUGCAGGAGCCUCCGAAAAAACACGAAACAGACACAAACAGUGAAACGUCUCAGUCACUGGGACGCUUUCCUCACGACAUUCUCCUGUCAAAUUAG